AUGGCUGCCAUUCUGGCAGCAUAUUUUGCAGACCGCAAUGGCGAGCGCUCACCGCUUCUCCUCUUUCACAUCGGUUGCAUCGUAGCCGGAUUUUUCGUCUGUCUGGCAGGAUCGCAAAGAUGGGUUCCGGGACUUGUAUACUUUGGUGUGUUCCUUGCGAUCCUAGGAAUAUACCCCGCUAUUCCCGCCCUCAUAACAUGGCUAAGCAGCAAUCUCGCUGCGGAACAUAAACGAGCAGCAGGAAUGGCGAUACACAUUGGCAUUGGGAACUUUGCAGGAGCCAUGGCUUCCCAUUUCUAUCGCACGCGCGACUCCCCACAAUAUAUCAUGGGCCAUGCGCUGGAACUUGCCUUUGGAAUUAUGGGCGUGGUGGCUAUCGUGAUUACGAGGUUUGCAUAUGUGCGCAUCAACCGACAGCGUGUGGAUAAAUUGGUGGAGCUUCGGCCGGAAUAUUCGGCACAGGAACUUGGUGAGAUGGGGGAUAAGUCUCCUACUUUCAGAUAUAUGCUUUAG